AUGGCCGACGCCGAAAAGCUUGCUGAAAUUCGCGAGAAGAAGGCGAAAAACCCAAUGAGGGAAAUGCGAAUUCAGAAGCUAUGUCUUAAUAUAUGUGUGGGUGAGUCGGGUGAUCGACUGACUCGAGCUGCGAAGGUGCUAGAACAGCUUACUGGACAGACUCCUGUGUUUUCGAAGGCUCGAUACACAGUCCGAUCCUUCGGUAUCAGAAGAAAUGAAAAGAUUGCUGUGCAUUGCACUGUUCGUGGACCGAAAGCCGAAGAGAUCCUCGAGAAGGGGCUGAAAGUUAAGGAAUUUGAACUCUACAGGGAGAAUUUUUCCGAUUCGGGAAACUUCGGAUUCGGCAUUCAAGAGCACAUUGAUCUUGGGAUCAAAUAUGAUCCAGCCAUCGGGAUCUACGGUAUGGAUUUCUACGUGGUACUUGAUCGUGCCGGUCGUCGCGUGUCUAAGAGAAGACGCGCCCCCGGUCGCGUUGGGCCAUCCCAUCGUGUAAGUCGUGAGGAGGCUGUCAAAUGGUUCCAACAGAAGUAUGACGGCAUUAUUCUGCCACCAAGACCCAGAGUCAAGCGAGCCGUUCAUCGCAGACGUUGA